AAAAAAUAUUUGUAUAUUUAAUAUUAUUUAAUAAAAAUUUUAUUGAUUAUAAAUGCAUUUUAAAUUCUGUUUGCAAAUAUAAAAUAUACGAUUUAAUUGAAUAAUAUAUACUAUUUAUCAGUACAAAAUAUGCAGUUUAAACUGGAAAAAAGUACUGUUUAUCAGUAUAAAAUAUACGGUUUAUCCUGGAAAAGUAUACUGUUCGCAAUAUAAAAUAUAAAACAAUAUACUGUUUAUUGGUAUAAAACAUACGGUUUUUCUACUGUUUACAAGUAUAAAACAUAUGGAUGAAACUGGAAAAAUAUACUGUAUGCAAACCGUAUAUAUGAUACGGGAUAACGAUGCUCCUGAUGACUUUAAUGCUUCAGAAGAUACUCCUGAUGGCUUUAACACUUCAGUACUCCCAGAAAGGUCGCAAUUCCUACCUUUCAAAUUGGAUUGUAGUGCGACUAUUGUCAAGUCUAACAAAAUACACAGAGGAAAUAACAAAAUAGAAUCUGCAUCUAAAAAUGAUAGCUAUGAACAUCUCAAAAGCUCAGAUGAGGACGAUGAUGAAGAUAAAACUGAGCAAGUUAAUGAAAGUAUCAAGUGUAUAGUUCCUGAACACGUGGUAAGCAUAGAAUCUACAGAUAAUCAAUUCAGUAACCUUUUUGAUGCAGUUACAUCAGGAGAAUAUGGUGAUAGAGAAGUAAAAGUUUUUAUUAGACGGGAAAAGUCUGAAAAUUGGAAGGAAGUUGAUAAUGGGUUAAAAGGCAACUUAGAAAUAUAUUAUCAAGGCAAUUAUUUAGGAACUAUUAAUUAUGUUUGGAGAAUUCUGGAAAAUGAAGAACAAAAUGAAACUUUAAAAGCACGCAUGUUGGCUAGGAUUAAUAAAGAAUUACCUCAUUAUUUUACACGACAAAUGCGAAAGAAUGUGUUAAACAAGUAUUCUUAUAUUCGGAAAGUUACACCAGCUGUAUUACGAAUGCUUCAUUUUGAUCUUACUGGUAAUGCUGCUGUGACAUCAGAUGCUAUCAGUCAUGAUGUAGAAAAGAGAUUACGAUUGAUGUUAUCUUUGGCAGAUCCCAACAUUAUAUUUGAUCUACGAACAAAUAAUGGAUUUAAAGGAACGAAAUUUAAUGUAUUUUGGGAUGAAAUGGAUGCUUAUUUUAAUGAGCAGAAUUUACUUGCAGUAGAUGAACGACGACAUGGAACAAUUUUAUACAUGCCAUUAGCAUUAUCUGUUCGUGAUCUUCGUGAAAUUAUAACAGGAAGACUAAAAAUUAACUACAAUGAUCCUCUUCCCUCCACUAUUUAUAUUCCAUCAGAUGAAUGGAUUCGACUACAAUUUUGUCCUACAAAUGCCACUACAACAAGAUCAAUGCAUCACACUAGUCAAUUCAAUGUUAAAUUUAAGUCAAUUUGUGAUAUAGAUCCGACUUUAACAAUUAAAGAGACUACACAAGCACAAAUACGCCAUCAUUCUGCAUUGAUCAAAUUUAUGGAUGCCCAUUGCCGUACUCGUGCAUAUAGCUUUCAGAUAAAAAAGUGCAACAAUAUUACCUGUUCAUAUUGUAAACCAAUUCACCUUCCGUCAUCUGUAUUUAAUAACUUGAAUUUUCUUCCAGAUCCAAUUCCUUCACGAGACAAUACAGAUCAUUACAUGCCUUUUCAAAACGUUUAUGGAACUGAAACUACUGAAGAGUAUAGGCCAACAUAUAUGCAAUCACAGGCGAAUGCAGAACCUAUUCCAAAGUCUAUUUUGAUAGGAGGGAAAAUCCGUGGUUACAUUGAUUGUGAGGAUUGUAGAAAACGCCGCUGUGUUUAUAGUGAUAGAUCUAUGAGUCGAGAGGAACAAGAAGAUUAUCAACAAGCAUUAGACUCAUAUUCAUACUCCUGUGGUGCACCAAUUUUCCUGAUAAUCAUUAUUUGA